GCUCGCGAGAGGCUGCCUCGGGGGCGUAAGGCCAGGCCCGGCCGGGUGCUAGCCCGGCGCGCGGGUGGGGCGCCCCGCAGGAAGCAGGGCAUCAGAUUAUUAUCUCUGGUCCCUCAGCUAUGAAUUUUCCCAUUUUGUUGGGUCUGUGAACCAACUGUUUUGGCAGUGAACUUCCCUGUGCAUCUCUAAUUCCCACUAACCACUUUAGCUGUUUUUCUACAUGAGUGGAGAAGAUAGUUGUUGCAAGUAGAAGAGACACAACAUUUUUUUAGGAUGUCUGAAGAUGAAGAAAAAGUGAAAUUACGCCGUCUUGAACCAGCUAUCCAGAAAUUUACCAAGAUAGUAAUCCCAACAGACCUGGAGAGGUUAAGAAAGCACCAGAUAAAUAUUGAGAAGUAUCAGAGAUGCAGAAUCUGGGACAAGUUACAUGAAGAGCAUAUCAAUGCAGGACGUACAGUUCAGCAACUCCGCUCCAAUAUCCGAGAAAUGGAGAAGCUUUGUUUGAAAGUCCAAAAGGAUGACCUAGGACUUCUGAAGAGAAUGAUAGAUCCUGUUAAAGAAGAAGCAUCAGCAGCAACAGCAGAAUUUCUCCAACUCCAUCUGGAAUCUGUAGAAGAACUUAAGAGACAAUUUAAUGAUGAAGAAACUUUAUUACAGCCUUCUUUGACCAGAUCCAUGACUGUUGGUGGAACAUUUCACACUGCUGAAGAUGAAGCUGAUCCUCAGAGUAUGACUCAGAUAUAUGCGUUGCCUGAAAUUCCUCGAGAUCAAAAUGCUGCAGAAUCAUGGGAAACCUUAGAAGCGGACUUAAUUGAACUUAGCCAACUGGUCACUGAUUUCUCUCUCCUAGUGAAUUCUCAGCAGGAGAAGAUUGACAGCAUUGAAGACCACGUCAACAGUGCUGCUGUGAAUGUUGAACAGGGAACCAAAAACUUGGGGAAGGCUGCAAAAUACAAGCUGGCAGCUCUGCCCGUGGCAGGUGCACUCAUCGGAGGUGUGGUGGGGGGUCCGAUUGGCCUCCUUGCAGGCUUCAAAGUGGCAGGAAUUGCAGCUGCACUUGGUGGUGGGGUGUUGGGCUUCACAGGUGGAAAAUUGAUACAAAGAAAGAAACAGAAAAUGAUGGAGAAGCUCACUUCCAGCUGUCCAGAUCUUCCCAGCCAAACUGACAAAAAAUGCAGUUAAAAACCAAACUUCAGUAUUAUUGGCAUCAACACGCCUAUCCUAAUGAGGACCUUUGCUGCUGUUGGACACUCAGUCAGCUUUUGGAACAUGAUUAUAUCAAAAUAGUGGCUGUAGUUGCUCAAGUGUGAUUGAACUGUGAUAAAUGGAUGUACUUUGUUGUUUGCUGGGGUGUUAAUGGGGACGUUAGAGAUUGAGGAGCCUGGACUGAGGGUGUACAGUACUUGUCAGGUAAAGUUUAAGGACUGCCAGGGAGCAGAUUUUCUACCUGGAAAUGUGAAAACCCAACCCAUAACUAUGAUAAGGACUUGUGAUGUGUGGACAUCUUGCGUUACAGAAGGACAGUUUUCAGAAUAGUCUUUUUCAUAACCUUGACUUGGAGACUCCAAGGCUAAGCAUAUUGUAAAUAUGCUUCUUUAUCUCCUGAAUAUAGAUUAUAUGCAUUUUAGCAGAGAAAAGAAUGGAAGUUCAGGAGCUUUUCAUAUCAAAUAGGGAAGUCAUGAUCUAGCAAGGGGCACAAGUGAAUUGCAUAAUGGUGAGCCCUAUUGCAAUUUGGUCUAAUAUUAUUUUACAGUGAAGGAAACAGAUAGUGUAAGAAAAUGGAAAGAGGCCUAGCUUCUCUUUCAGAUAUCUUAAUUUGUGACACUGGCUUCUUCUCUGAAUUCUUUCUUCUGCCUCUCCGUAAACAGAGAACACAGAGUCUCAAGUGAUAAUAGACUUACCAAGCCAGUCACUAAGCUUGCUCUGUCCACCUGUCUCUUAACACCCCAAAUAUCUAGUCCCCGCUUCCUUCCCUCCCUUGUAAUUUUGAAAAGUCCUUUGACUUAUGGGGUGAAUUCUACCCAUGUGUAAUGCAGACUUUUGUCAUAAUUUGUGUCUUUUUGUUGUUUUUUGUUUGUUUUUGUGGUAUUGUCUGCCAUCUCUGUUCAUCCUCUCCUGUAACCUCUAGGUAAAAAAGAGAGAGUUUGAGCUAAAAAAUAAGCAAGGGGGGAGCACCAGAUCAUUUCUUGGGUUUUCUUACAAUUUCAAGGGGCUCGUGCACUUGCAUUCCAGGGAGUCUUCGACCCUGAGUCUUUUCAGUUGGCAGUUGGAAGAGCUAAGAACUAGCUCUCUACCUCACUUCCGUCACUACCAUCCUUUUCCCCAGGCUUUGCUUUCUCCCGUGCUUUCCUUCACUUUGCACAGCUGCUGUUUCUUUCCAAGAACGGCAUUCGUGCUUGCCUUUUCUCACAUUCAAGACUGGUGAUGGACAAAGCCUGGUGCCAAGACUCAGUCCUGGUGGAGGGCUUGUGGUGCUAAUCCCAACACUUGACACUGACAGCAAGUAUGGCCCAGCCCAACCCAUUGUCUGUCUCAUGUAGCAGAAAAGUUUUAAAUUUAGGAAAAAAGAGUUUACCAUUAUAGGCAGCCUCAUCCUAUACCCUCAACUCAUUUGAAAUAGGAAGGAGCCGCCUUUUGCCUUACUCUUUAAUCUUUUCUGAGGAUAGAGGAAAGGGCACCUGCACCACAAAAGGUGUGAGCUCUCUGCUUAGGAGCCAGAUAUUCAUCAGGCAGUUGAAUGGUUUAUCACUUCUCUCUUGCUGAGUUUACUCUUAAUAACUUUUAUUGAUUGCUGCCUUUACUUCUGUGUGUAAUCUAAAAAGCCCUUUCUCUUUCAUACUUUUUGCUUCUCACCAAUGAAUUCCAAUAAGGCAACACGCCAUUCCUUAUUAUUAUUAAAUAACUGGAAAAUAUCGUGUUGCUCCCUGCUGACUUGUAUCUUUAAUAUAAUACCAAGAAGGAAGUACUUUGAAUAAGUGUUGGAUUCUGAUCCAGUAUUUGAUAUUGGAUACCUUUAAGGUUGGGAUAAUUACUUUUGAACUCCAUCUUUUUGUAUUUUCUGACCUUUGCUGUCCCUUCAACCCUGGGUGUUCAAGUCAGAAUGAGGAUCAGAAUUGCCUAGGGUACUAAUUUAAAACAAGAUUCCUAAAGUUUGGUCCCAUGGGUUCUAAUAAUAGCCAAUCUGGGCUGGUCAGCUAAAAUUAUAAAAUUGAUAGAGUUACAUCAAGAUUCAGCUGUAUUGUUCAAUUCUGUAAUUUCUAGUACUCUAUCCUUCAGCAUAGCCCCAUCUUCAUCACUGUAUGUUAUUCCUAUUAUGCCAACCUAAAAUUGGCUAGCUCACCAGCUUAACAGCACUAGGGACUCAUUAUACUGUCAGGCUGGUUUUACAUCAAGACCUGAAGGAAAGAGGAGACCUAUUACUGACCCUCACAUUUUGUUUUGGGAUCUCUACUUUUUACCGAGCCAGUGUGGGACAUCACUGUACGGUGCUCAUAUAGGCCUUUGAUUCUUAUUGCUACUUAGGAUGGGAAUAGUACUGAGGCAGUCUUCAUACUUAGGCAAGUUACAAUCGUUUUAAAAAGGUGUAUAAUUUAAAGUUAUUUAGGAAUUGUAUCUAAUUUCUCCUAACAGCUUUUUGUAGAAAUUUCUAGAAGUGUUUAAUCAACUAUAAAUGAUACACCUAGAAACUAUAAAGUGUUUAGAAGUAUAAAUUAGUCAGUAUGACACAGAAACCAAUCUUAAAAUUGAAUUUAAUACCCUACAGUAUCAGAUUAAAUUUAUCUUCUCUAUGAUUCAUGUCUUAUUUUUACUACAACAAGAUAGAAGGUAAGGAACACUUUAUGUUCUUAAAGUUUACAGAGGCUCAUUUGGAUAAAGGCAGCACUCCUAAAGCCUUUCUAAUAUAAUAAUCUGAGAAUUUCUCUGUAGAACAGAGACUUUGAAACUUUUUGGUUGUAAUCCACAGUAAAUGCAUUUAUAUCAAAACUCAGUAUAUGCAUUAUGGAACAAUAUUUACCAUUAUGUGCAGUGUACUUUGAUGUUUCUUAUUGUUUCAGUUUUUAAAAUAUGCUGUUUGUAACCUACUAAAUAGAUUUAAUAAUCUACCAGUGGGUUUUGACCCUUAGUUUGAAGGGAAAAAAGAAAAAAACACCCUUAUAGAGGAACUGAUAUUUAUGGAGUAUUUUCUGUUUGCCAAGCACUUCAUUAAGCAUUUUACAGGUGAGGAAACUGGGUCUCAGAGAAGCUAAAUAAUUUGCAGAGGGUUAUUCAACUAUAAAAGGGUGAAGCCAGAUGCAAACUAGGUCUGUUGAACUACAAAAACUUCUGUUAACUCUCAUACUAUGCUGCUUCUGUAUAUAAAAUUGAGAUGGACUGUUCACUCUGCUUCACCCAAACACCCAUGUAUUCUGUAAGGCAGGCUUGCUUUGAAAUUACGUAUGCCAUUCAUUUGCACUUUUCUUAAAAUCUUCUCUCUCCUUACCAAGUGUCCAGCAGCCUCAAGUUUUUAAUGGUGGUCAGUGCAGAGAAGUACGUAGUGCUGAAUUUGGUCCUUAGACUAUAAAAUUAAAAGUGUUUCCAUCCCACUCACGCAUCUUACAAAUUUCCUUAUAUUUGUGGGUCACAGCCAUCACUUAAGCAGUGCUCUUUAUAUUGAAUUUUAAAAUAAACUCUGUUUUUUAAAACAGUCACAAUUCAUAGAAUCAAAUGAUUAUCCUUUCAAAUGGUACCCUUGGGAGGCCACGCACUUACUGUGGUGAUACUAGUAUUAGAAUAUUUUUCAAAUUUUUCUUUUGGAAUUGCCUCUAAAGACAUUUUACAAAUCACAUUAAAAAAGCCAUCUCAGUGAUUAUUAGUCACAGACUAUGCUCCCUUGUUCUUAUGACCUCUCUUCUCUUCCUUCCUCAAUUUUGCUUUUCUUCUGCUGAUUUAACUCUCCUACCCACCUAUGCUGGAGCCAGUAACCUAAGAAGCCCCAGAAAAGGGAUGUGCUGGCCAGAGUUCCUGGAGCAAGAACUUUUAGGUUAUACUGAAUCUGAGUGCUAUAUAGGGAGAAUUCUGCAAAUCCAAAAAUCUUCCUCUGUGGGCUGACUGUAAGUGCCAUAAGUAGUUUGUAUAGGAGCAAGGACUAAAUACUGGUAUUAUCAGUCAAUCACAAGAAGUUGAGGAAACUUAAACAUAUAGCAUACAACAUUUUUUUCCAGUGAAAGUCACAGAAGCCAAACCAAGCCAUUCUUUGUGUUAACUUAAAAACGGAGAGGUUCUCAGGGUCCCCCUCGCCCUUCAUUGCUGCCACAUGAAAUCUUUGGGAGGAAGGAUGAAGAAGAGCUUGGGGAAACGGUUCUCCUGAGAAAUGGGACAUUUUUUUAUCUUGUAAUGAAGUAUAACGUGGUGGUGGCUGUCAGGUACUUAUGAAUGCUAGAAAUUCUUUUUAAAUAGUCAGAGGCCCAGUAAAAGGUAGGGAAGCUUCCCCACUAGCCCAAAUUAACAUAAACAGUUCAGGUUCUGUUUGUGUUUUUAUUAACACUUCAUGUUGUUUCUAACAGGAGGUUCUCACUAUUUAUAUUCAUUAAUUUGACACCAUUUUACAGAGACACUUCUUGGGUAUUAUAAACAAUCAAUAGUGAAAGGUCCACAUGUUAUUCGUAUUACUGCCCUCAAAUAAAUUAGUUAUUGUGGGAGACAAAAACAUCUGUGAAAUAUAAAAGAAAUAAAUUCAUAUAAAAACAUAAAAGGUGUCAAAGGCAAAUGAUUUGCCCAAGAUUAAAGCUAGUUAGCACAAAAGCUAGAAUUAUAACCAUGGUCUAAGAAAAAAAAUCUUCAAAGUAAUUUAACUGAGUUUUUGUUGUGCAUAUCACGUUGCCUGUUGAAGCUUGUGGUCUUUCAGACCAGCUUCAACAUUCCAAAUCGGUCAGCAGCUCUAGUGGAAAGAGAACUGGAUGGGGAAGCAGGAGAUCAGAGUUCUAGUUUUGGCUUUGUCUCUUAUAGUAAGCUGUACUCAGGGGUGGCUACUUUCUCCCACUCUAGCCAGGGAUUCCCCAACCUCAAUUUCUCCAUUCUUUAUGUCCAGCCUCUUACUGGGUCUUGUCAGUUGUUUGAAUAUUAGCUGCAUUCAUUUCUUAAAUACAUUCAUAGCCAUCACUGUAGUAAAAGACUUUAUUACCUCACAUCCCCUACUUUAUCUUGCCUAACUUUAGGCCAUUCCUCACAUCACUGUCACAAGAACCAUCUUUCAUUUUUCUGCUGAAAUAUUUUCAGCAGAUCCUAUUGAAUACCUGAGUUCAGCCUUCUAUAUUCUGGCCCCAGCUUUGUCUCUUCAGACUCACUACUCACCAUCUGACAAUGUCACUGAAAAUCAGACAUUCCACAAGAAUGAUUUUAAGGUUUUUCUAUGGUGAAGGUACAAACUGGUAAUAAACUAUGUUUACAUAGUUUAUUAGUUUUUCCAGACUAAAGUAAUUCUGUAACACUACGUUUUACAAAACUAGUCAGCUGAGUUUUGUUUAAGCUCUUGAAUAAGCCUAAAAGUUGUUUUCUAAGGAGAAGAAAUCUUUUGUCCUCUCAGAAGAAAGUACAUUCAAUUUCUUAACCUCCAAAACAGUGUCAGUCUUGACACCUGUGCAUUGGAUAGCCAAAGCGUGAAGAUUUUAAUUUAGCAGCAUAGAUACUCCAGACUUGAAUGCACCAUUGUCCAGCUCCUGCGAGAAACUUGACUAAUAAAUAUCUGAGGAAAGCACUCAAGAGUAUGUUAUCCAUACAUUUCUCAAGUCAUUGAGAUUGUUUUUAAUUGAGGUUAAUCACUAAAAAAAGAGGUUUAUCACGGUUUCAUUAAUUAACGCCCUAAAGAUGUUUUCCAUUUUAUUGUUAAAACCCUUGGUGUUAGCAAGGGUCAGCACAUGGAAAGGCCUCAUGGUGAGAAUUUCUACAAAUUCUGUAAAGCUUAAUUCACUGAUUUAUUAUGCUGCUGAGUGAUGCUUAUAUAAGGAAACAUGCAAUAAAUUCACUCAUUCAACAAACGUUUAACUGAGUGCCUGUUGUAUGUUGAGUGCCAGUGCCAUAUGCAGAAAAAUAUUAGGCCUAUGGAAUCUACUCUUGUAAACCAUUCCGGCCAAUGAAUUCAGAUACUCAAAGCAAGUAAAUCACAGUAAAACAUGGUAAGUACCGUAAAAGAGGAGAGCAAGGUAACAUGAGGACACAGAGAAUGGAGUGACUCGUGCUGCCUGGAAAAGAAGGGAAAGGCCUUGUGGAACAUGUGGUAUUUGAGCAGUACUCUAAAGAAGAAUAUGCUGACUGAAGACCAGGUUUGCGAGCUUUCAAGUGGCAGAGGAAUUGCACAUACACAGGGUUCAAAACAUGAACGAAUAUGGUGUGCUUAGAGAAAACGAAUUAAAUGUGUGAUGAAGCUGGUUAGAUGAGAUUACAGGCUAGGGUAGUUUUUAUACGUGUAUAUGUGUAUGUAAUAUAUAUAUAUUUUUAUAUAUGUUUAAUAAUUGAAGUGAUGAAUGUACUGCUUUAUGUCAGAUAAGAUUGUUAUAACCCUCUGAGUUCUUUGUUUUGCUUCCGUUGCCAGAGAAGUUAGUAAUAAACCUCACAUUUGCCUGGA